AAAAAUAAAUAAAAGGGUCAUUAGCUCUCAGGUAUCAUGGGGAGGGCCCAAAAAGUCUGAAGCCAGGAAGACCCUAACCCACUCGGAGCAGGAAAGGGUUGAAACCUGGUGCCCUUCCUGCUAAGGGUGCUCACAGACUUGGGGUGUGGGUGCUCUUAAUCUCCAGCUUCCUCUUAAAGGUAGGAGGGAGAAACCUGACUUGUUCCUCCCUCUCCCAGACCACUGAGUCCUUAACAAACACAUCUUCCCCUCCAGUGCAGUGAGGGAAAGCUGGACAUAGGACAGGGUGUAGGCCUGUGCUCCAAUUCUGUCACCCCUGUCCUGUCAAGGGUGGGGUCUCCUCCAAGACUCAGUUUCUCUGCCAAGACAAGGAGUGGCUCUGGGAGUGGGGAGGUGGCUGUGGUUUCCAUGGAGACUCCUACCUCAGCAAGCCUGAUAAAGGUGCCAAAGAAGGAUCUCAGACAAAAGGAGGGCUAGGAAGGAUAAGAAUCUCUGAAGGGGUCAGAAAGGGUCUUCUGCCUGGGCUCAUGCUCUGGAACACCAAAGUCGUGAUGUCCAUUUGCCAACUCAGGUUAUUAAAAUGCCUCCCUCUUCUUCCGGGCCAUUCUUUGUUUACAGAUCACUCCAGAUCUGAUCCCUUCCCAUGGGGUGCCCACCCAAGCCCUGCUCUUUUCCCCAGGACCUGACAGUUUCAGAAACAGGGGGGAAGAGGAAGGAAGAAGGGAGUGAGGCUAGGAUGAUUCCAGUAUUGGGGCUGGAGGAGGGAGGAGCAUUUCCUUACCUGAGGGCAGCGGCCUCUCCCCUUGUUUGCUCUGAGAUAGUCAGUCUCGCUGCUGCCCUGCACCAGGAGGCUGCCCUUUGGGCGCUGCCUUCCCUCGCCCAGACCCAGACGCCCAGAGCCACCCCCAGACAGCUGGACUCGGUCAUGGCCCGGCUUCCGGGGCCCAUCCUCUGCGGGGCCCUGCUGGGCUUCGUCUGCCUGGGCGGCCCCGGGCUAGCCGUGGAGGUGAAGGUCCCCGCCGAACCCCUGAGCACCCCCGCGGGCAAGACCGCAGAGCUGACCUGCAGCUACAGCACGUCGGUGGGAGACAACUUCGCCCUGGAGUGGAGCUUUGUGCAGCCUGGGAAGCCCAUCUCUGAGUCCCACCCCAUUCUGUACUUCACCAAUGGCUAUCUGUAUCCAACUGGUUCUAAGGCAAAGAGGGCCAGCCUGCUUCAGAACCCCCCCACAGGAGGGGUGGCCACCCUGAAACUGACUGAUGUCGACCCCUCAGACACCGGAACCUACCUCUGCCAAGUUAACAACCCUCCAGAUUUCUACACCAAUGGGUUGGGGCUAAUCAACCUUACUGUGCUUGUGCCCCCUAGCAGUCCCUUGUGCAGUAAGAGUGGUCAGACCUCUGUGGGGGGCUCUGCUGCACUGAAAUGCAGCUCUUCCCAGGGAGCCCCCCGGCCAGUGUACAACUGGGUACACCUUGGAUCUUCCCCUACACCUUCUCCUGGCAGCAUGGUGCAAGAUGAGGUGUCUGGCCAGCUCAUUCUCACCAAUCUCUCCCUGACCAAUUCUGGAACCUACCGCUGUGUGGCCACCAACCAGAUGGGCAGUGCGUCCUGUGAGCUGACCCUCUCUGUGACUGACCCAUCCAAAGGCCGAAUGGCUGGAGCUGUGAUUGGGGUGCUCCUGGGUGUGCUGUUCCUGUCAGUCGCUGUGUUCUGCCUGAUAAAGUUCCAGAAAGAGAGGAGGAAGAAACCCAAGGAGACAUAUGGGGGUAGUGACAUUCGGGAGGAUGCCACUGCGCCUGGGAUUUCUGAGCAAACAUCCGUGAGAGCUGAUUCCAGCAAAGGGCUCCUGGAGAGGCCCGCCUCUGCCAACAGUGUGACGACCACAAAGUCCAAGCUCCCUAUGGUUGUCUGAUACCCCCCCCAUCCGUGCGGGGGAGUAUCAAGAAUUAAAGCCUUUGG